UGUUUCAUAUAUUACAUCAAACUUUCUGAUGUAAUUUUCUCAACCGGAGUAUAUUUGUCUUUUUAACGGCUUGCAAGAUUCAUUUUACGACAAACAAGCAACUUACUUACAUGGAAAGAAAGAAAUCUAGAAAUACAAUCCAUCAGCGAGGUAAAAAGACAGGAGAAUAGCCGAUAUACAACCAUAAAAUGUGUGGUCAACUCACUCCGCUCACUCAAGAUUUUCAUCGUCUUCUUAAAAAUGUCAAAAAACUUUCAAACAAUCAAGCAAAAGUUCUAGACUUCGAAGACGAUGUGACAGAGUUUCAUCUCGAAAUUAAACCAACUGAUGGUUACUACAAGAGAGGGAAGUUUAAUUUCAAAGUUAAAAUAGAAAAUUACCCGAAAGAAGCACCAAAAGUUUGUUGCGAGACGAGGAUAUACCAUCCAAACAUCAGCGAGGAAGAAGAUGGCGACGUUUGCUUGAGUUUAUUUGACGAUUGGACAGAUCAAAACGAUCUAGAAGACUGUGUGCAAGGUUUGCUGUUCUUGCUUUAUAAUCCAAAUUUGGAGGAUCCUCUGAAUCCAUACUUCGAUCCAGAAGAUCGACAACAACACGAAUCAUUCGAAGAGGACGUAAAGAAAUCACUAGAAGGCGCUAUACUUGAGGGGGUAGAGUAUGAUAGGAAUGUUGUCGAGGAAGAACUAGAAAAUGAAUAUAGUACAGAAAUCAAUAAAGUCCCUGACAGAGGCAACGAUGAAGGCACUGAGGGAGAAGAGCCAUUGCACACAGAGUUCAUAACCAAGGAUAAUGAGACGACUCCUCUCCAAGGCUACACGAUUGUCAAAAACAAUGAACUUUCAGAAAAUGACAUUUUAAAUACCAAAACUGAUGGUAAUAGUACUUGCCAUGAUAAAAUAGGCCUGCAGAAUACUCUAAAUCAGCCUGAGGACGAAGGAACUAAAAUUAGCUGACAACUACAGUACAAUGAACAGCCUGGGUUCCUGUGUGCUGUUCUUUGAUCACUACUGCACUGUAAUGCACAUCUGACUUAGGUCAUCUCUUGCAAUGAAAAAUCUUAAUUUUGCAACAUAUAAUUUUCUGUUUUCUUAAUGCUAUUGUAAAUAUUAAAGAAUUUUGAAUAUAUUUAUGUUACUGACA